AAAAACAUCUAGCAUUAUGGAUGCCCCUGACUAGAGAAAACAGAAGUCAGGCCUACAAAGGACUUGGCCCUGCUUAGAAACAAUGGAUGAGUGGGACCCAGAUUCCCAUUCAAAGCUCCCUCUGCCACAUAAGAAGCGUAGUUGGUACCUUGCCUGGAAAUAUAAAAUGAGCAAUCAGAGGGCUAUACGACGUAUGUGUCAAACAACAGCUGUUUUGUUCCUACUUGUAACAGUUAUUGUAAACAUCAAGCUUAUACUGGACACAAGAAGAGCAGUAAAUGAAGAAGAAAUUGAUCAGGACUAUGAUGAAUCUUUGCAACAAGAGGAUUCCCCACGUCGACCUGCCAGCAGUAAGAAAGUGCUGGACAUUGAAAUUUACUCAAGCAGAUCAAAGGUUUACAUAGCUGUGGAUGGAACUACAGUACUUGAAGAUGAAGCUCGUGAGCAGGGAAGAGGAAUACAUGUGAUUGUACUGAACCAAGCAACGGGACAUGUGAUGGCAAAGAGAGUUUUUGACACUUAUUCACCACAUGAGGAUGAAGCCAUGGUUCUAUUUCUUAAUAUGGUGGCCCGAGGCCGAAUUUUGAUAUUUACUAUUAAGGAUGAAGGCUCCUUUCAUUUAAAAGAUACUGCAAAGAACCUUCUUAAGAGUCUAGGAAGCCAAAUCGCACCCUCUUUGGGAUGGAGGGACAUGUGGACUUUUGUGGUAAAGAAAGGGGGACAGAUUUUUGGGGAGAAGCAUUCAAAAUCUCCAGCUUUGUCCACUUGGGGUGACCCAAUUCUUUUGAAGACUGAUAUUCAACUUGUCCCUCCAGCAGAUGCAGAAUGUCAUUGGCCUGAUACAGAACUAAACAGAAGACGGAAAAGAUUUUGCAGCAAAGUAGAAGGUUAUGGCAGUGUCUGCAGCUGCAAGGAUCCAACACCCAUAGAAUUCAACCCAAUGCCUCUAAAAGAAAACAAAGUGACUACUGUUCCUGUGGCUGUUAUUGCAGGCAACAGACCUAACUACCUCUACAGGAUGCUACGUUCUCUUCUGUCAGCUCAAGGCGUCAGUCCACAGAUGAUCACAGUGUUUAUAGAUGGCUAUUAUGAGGAACCAAUGGAUGUUGUGGAACUGUAUGGUUUAAAAGGCAUUCAGCACACUCCAAUAAGCAUUAAGAAUGCACGUGUGUCUCAGCAUUACAAAGCAAGUUUGACUGCAACAUUUAAUCUGCAUCCAGAUGCUAAAUUUGUAAUUGUGCUUGAAGAAGACUUGGACAUUUCAGUAGAUUUCUUCAGUUUCCUGAGCCAGACUAUCCAUUUGCUGGAAGAGGAUGAGAGCCUUUACUGCAUCUCUGCAUGGAAUGAUCAGGGAUAUGAACACACUGCUGAGGACCCUUCCCUUCUCUAUAGAGUGGAGACUAUGCCGGGAUUAGGAUGGGUUUUAAGAAAAAAUCUUUACAAAGAUGAACUGGAACCGAAGUGGCCAACUCCAGAAAAAUUGUGGGAUUGGGAUAUGUGGAUGCGUAUGCCAGAGCAAAGGAAGGACAGGGAGUGCCUCAUCCCAGAUGUAUCAAGAUCAUAUCAUUUUGGCAUUGUUGGCCUUAACAUGAAUGGCUAUUUCCAUGAAGCCUAUUUUAAAAAGCACAAGUUCAACACUGUACCAAAUGUGCAGCUCUCGAAUGUAAAAAGUCUACAAAAAGAUGCUUAUGAAAUAGAAAUCCACAGAAUUCUUAGCGAAGCAGAAAUCCUUGACCAUAGUAAAAACCCUUGUGAGGAUUCCUUCAUUCCAGACACAGAGGGGAAAACCUAUGUAAUGUAUAUCAAAAUGGAGCAAGAAGCAGAUUUCACCACCUGGACUCAGCUUGCAAAGUGCCUGCAUAUUUGGGACCUUGAUGUGAGAGGUAACCACAAAGGACUUUGGCGCCUUUUUCGAAAGAAGAACCACUUCUUGGUGGUGGGGUUUCCUUUUUCUCCUUAUGCGGUAAAGAAACCUGCCUCUGUUACACCAAUCUAUUUGGAACCUCCUCCAAAAGAAGAAGCAGCUGUGGCUGGCAUUGACCAAUCCUGACGCCUGGAUUAAAACUUUUCCUUUUCUUCUGGGUGGACCCUCCAGUAGUGCAUUUUGGAGCUUAAACACUAACCUCUGGCCAGCUCCUCACUGUUCUGUCAGUUGUAGUUUGCACAUUUUUAAUUGGUCAAUUCACUGACCUAACAUUGGGGACGAAUAACUGUAACAGCAUAAAUAGCUAUUAGAUCCUUUUUAAAGACCACUACUUCUCAGAGAAAGGAGAAUUUCAGAGAGAAGCCGUAAAUGAUUUUCUCUGUUUAAAGCAACAAUUCUGUCCAUGCUUC